GGACCUGCUGGUCUCUGGGAUGGAGGAGAGGGACUUGCUGGGUCUGUGGGAUGGAGGAGAGGGACCCUGGGUCUGUGGGAUGGAGGAGAAGGACCCGCUGGGUCUGUGAGAAGGAGGAGAGGGACCCUGGGUCUGUGGGAUGGAGGAGAAGGUGGUCACCACCUGCAGGAACAGAGGGGCCUGCAGCGUGGGGAGGGCAUGACACUGGGUCUGCUGGAGCUUGUGUUCCUGAAGAUAAUGUGGGAGACAGCAGAGGAAAUUCACAGAACCCGGCUCCACCCGGCCGUAGUGUCACGUGGUCACUCAGGACAAGGAUGUGCCUUGGCCCAGCUGUGUAAACUGGCUGUUGUUGUCUGGAAACCGGAUGAACAACAAGGAAAGGAAAGAUGGCCACACUCAUGAGGACAGGUACGUGGGAGGAGCAUAAAAACCCCAGGGCCAGGCACCUCACACAAACACACUCACUCACACUCACACGGGCACUCCUCCUAGUCCAACCCCCACCAUGGCUGACACCUGCUGCACGAGGACCUGCGUGAUUGCUGCGUCCACCACAUCCGUCUGCUCUAGCAAUCUGAGCUGCGGCAGCCGGAUCUGCUCUCCCGGCGCCUGCACGGGUGCCUCCUGGCAGGUGGACAAUUGCCAGGAGAGCUAUUGUGAGCCCCCAUGCUGUGCUCCCAGCUGCUGUGCCCCAACCCCUUGCCUCCUCUGCACCCCAGUGAGCUGUGGGUCCAGCCACUGCUGCCAGUCUGCCUGCACCAGCUGCUGCACACCCUCAUGCUGCCAGCAGUCUAGCUGCCAGCCAGCUUGCUGCACCUGCUCCCCCUGUCAGCAGCCCUGUUGCGUUCCUCUCUCCUGCACACCUGUCUGUUGCACACCUGUCUGUGGAGUUUCAUCAUGCUGUCAGCCGUCCUGCUGUGUGCCUGUCUGCUGCAAGCCUGUCUGCUGCACACCCAUCUGCUCUGGAUCCUCCUCAGGCUGCCAGCCCUCAUGCUGUCAAUCUUCCUGCUGUGUGCCUGUCUGCUGCAAGCCUGUCUGCUGCACACCCAUCUGCUCUGGAUCCUCCUCAUGCUGCCAGCAGUCUAGCUGCCAGCCCUCAUGCUGUCAAUCUUCCUGCUGCGUGCCUGUCUGCUGCAAGCCUGUCUGCUGCAAGCCCUGCUCCAGCGUGUCCCUGCUCUGCUGCCCUGUGUGCAGACCUGCCUGCUGUGUGCCCACCUCCUCCUGCUGUGCCUCCUCCUGCCAGCCCAGCUGCUGCAGGCCCUGCUCCAGUGUGUCCCUGCUCUGUCGCCCUGCCUGCUGUGGCCUCUCCUCGGGACAGAAGGUGGCUGCACUUUUUAAAAACAAUCCCCUGUCUCUGCUGUUCACCGGUCCUUGUAUAAUUGGUACCAUCAAGGCCAGUGGCAAGCCUGGUUGGAGGAUAAAAGGCCCACAGUCCAGCACCUCACACACACUCACACUCAACACUCACUCACUCACUCACUCACAAACUCACCCUUCUCCAGCCAACCCCGCCAUGGCCGCCUCCACCAUGUCUGUCUGCUCUGAUGCCCGCACCAUCUCCUCCUGGCAGGUGGACGACUGCCCAGAGAGCUGCUGUGAGCCUACCUGCUGUGCCCCCAGCUGCUGCCAGCCCAGCUGCUGUGUGCCCAGCUGUUGUGUGCCCAGCUGCUGCCAGUCUAGCUGCUGCCAGCCCAGCUGUUGUGUGCCCAGCUGCUGCCAGUCCAGCUGCUGUGCCCCAGCCCCCUGCCUGACCCUCAUCUGCACCCCAGUGAGCUGUGUGUCCAGCCCCUGCUGCCAAUCUGUCUGCUGCUCACCCUCAUGCUGCCAGCAGUCUAGCUGCCAACCAGCUUGCUGCACCUGCUCCCCCUGCCAGCCGUCCUGCUGCAUGACUCUUUGCUGCAAGCCUGUCUGCUGCACACCCAUCUGCUCUGGAUCCUCCUCAUGCUGCCAGCAGUCUAGCUGCCAGCCCUCAUGCUGUCAAUCUUCCUGCUGCGUGCCUGUCUGCUGCAAGCCUGUCUGCUGCAAGCCCUGCUCCAGCGUGUCCCUGCUCUGCCGCCCUGUGUGCAGACCUGCCUGCUGUGUGCCCACCUCCUCCUGCUGUGCCUCCUCCUGCCAGCCCAGCUGCUGCAAGCCCUGCUCCAGCAUUUCCCUGCUCUGCCGCCCUGUGUGCCAGAAGUCCAGCUGCUGAGAGCCAGGACCCACUGGGAGCAGUAGGGUCUACCUCCCCAGCAGCCUGUAGUUUCCACUCAUGCAGACACAGCUCAGAAGAAAGAUAUGUACCAUCUGAAGAGAAACCAGAGUGUAGCUCAACCACUAAGAAGGACCAGUGUGUUCCUCCAGGAGCGCUGGCCGCUCCCUUUCCCUCCCUGCCUAUCUGGAUGACCCUGCUUCUGUGGUCAGCUGUACCACUCUAGACCUCUGCACUUCAAUAAAGUCUCCUCU